UGGGAUCGAAGCCGGGACGGUAUCGGUCAAGAUUUUCGGAUAUGAAGUACUCCACAAAUGUCAAACAAUAUUUGAGAGGUGUAAGGAAGAUUCAGAAAUUGAAUCUUAUAAGGACACCUAGGUAUAACUACUAUAACCAUAUUAUUGCCUUCUUCCUUGUCUGGUAUGGAACUUCAUACGUGAAACAUAAUUUCAUGCAAUCGGAGUAUGAGGUCAGGAAGCAGCCUAAUAUUCUUAUCCCAAAGUUUGUGUAUAAGGUUAGGAGAGAGCAUUACAUUUACUGGGAAAUUUCCAGGCUCGCCAGAGGAUUUCCUAAGACAUUUACAUAUUCGAACUGGGACGAUCAGGCCAAAAUGAUGUACCAUGUUGACAUGGACGGCAACAUGGCCUUUGAAAAAUUGAAUUUCAAGGAAGAGCGGAUUGAUUUACUUGACAAUCCUCUGCUUGGACCCUACAUACGAAGAAAAGACAAGUUUGUCUUUAAAAAUAAACCUGAUGCUAAGAACAAAGAGGUGAAAUACAGUGAGAAAAUGCUGGAAGAGGCUAGCAGAAUUGCUAUAUACUAUCUUAAUGUGCAUAAAAGAUAUGACCUGGAUAAUUACCUGCAUUAUAAGCCAAUCACUAUGAUGGAUUGGGUUAGAGCAGCAUAUUAUGGGUUCAUGACCAAGACUCAUCUAGCAGAUAGAUAUAGAAACCAGCAGUUCCUUCCAAAGCAUGAUUUCUUUUAUAAUUAUGAAAGGAGGACCAUAAAUUUGAACUUACAGGGACCAGAUACUUUAAAACAUUUCCAGAAUAUGAUCUCUUGGGCUCUUUUUGAUAUAAAAAUCUUACUCAAAAAACUCGAAAAUUACGAAGAAACACAGAGGCUAAAGGAAGAAGCUGAGGCCAUGACUUCGGGUCAAGAAGUUACCAAUUCUGAGCAAUAA